AACCGAUUCGCCGAAAUGAGCCGGACUUCCCUAGACAAGCAUUACUAGACAAGCAAACCAGCUCGUACACAGCAGAGACUUAAGUUAUCUGUCAAAACUCCGUGAAUCUGUUGAAAUUAAACUGGACUGCAUUUUCGCACUUUGUCGAGCUGUUUACGUGCUGAAACGGUUUAAUUUCGAGCACGUAUGUGCCGGGUGCUAAUGGACAGGAAUGUGAAGCUGGCUUCGAUAAGUGAACUCAAAUGUUUUUGCAAGUGAAGUCUGGAAGAUGUAAUUGCGUGUCCUUACUGCAGUCAUAUAGAACUGAAGAUUUGGGGUCGCAGGUAUGUUUGAUUCUCCGGUCGCUAGUGUUUCGCCGGUCGACAUCGACACAGUUUAGCGUUUAAAGUUUCAGAGUCGCUCGGCUUGUUCAGACAUGCUAACCGACGCCGUUUCGCCUGAGGAAAAUGCCUUUAGAGCUCAAAAAUAAACGAAACCCCAUUACCACAGUAUUUUUUGUUUUGUUUUCGCUUUUAAUUUUUAAUAAAAAUUAUAUUAUUUUCCUGUCAUUGAGUGAUUUGCACGGGUGUGGCCGUCAGUUGUUUUCUGGUUCAUUUGCUUUAAUACAAACACGCCUUAAUACAGGUAUGUUGAGGUCUCAUUGUUUAGAUGCCUUCUUAUACUUGUAGCGGUGUACAACUUUAUAUGUCGUAAUAAAGGGACACUCAACGUCGUUUUCUGAUUUUUUAAAUAGCUAUACCAUUAGAUGAAGAGGUGGCUGUGCUUAUUAUUGCUUUAUACUAUAGUUAUUAAUGUGUAAUUAUCAAUUAUAUGAGCUUUUGCCCCACACAGACACUUUAUUAAUGUUAUAGCAUUUUAAUUUCCUCCUUUGUGCAUUAUAAAGUAAUAGUGCCGACAUGACCGCAGUUGUAGGGCGAGUUUGGGGGUGGGUCAGUCCAGCAAAUCUGUACUUGUCCUGGGGCAGUAAGGCCAAACCUGAGAAACCCCCAACAACGGACAAUCAGACUGAAAGCAGAUGGGGCUUAUGGGGACUUACUGCCUGGGUUUGGAGGGGCGAGAACACUAAAAAGGACCAAAAGACAAUCGCAGAGGAAUUCUGGGAGACUGAGGAGACUAUCAAGCCUUUGGACAUUGAAGAGCUGAGGGCUGAUAUUGAGAUUGAGAAAGCAGCGGCCCAAAGGUCCUCACGCUGGUGGAGCCGUAUGCUUCCAUCCAGAUACUUUUUCUGGCCCAGGUGGUCAUCGUCCACUGCGUUAAGCCAGCGGAAAUGUGCCGGGUGGAAUGAAGGGACGUGGGACAGCGAUGAAGUCGACGGGGAAUCAGACUACGGGACGCCCCCUCCGUCCCCCACACCGCUGUCCCAGCAGACAUCAGCAUUCCAGUUCUUCUCUCGCUCAUGGACGGGGAAAAUCGUGCCUGAGCACUACGAUAUUUGCUUUAAUUUCCUCCGCCACCUCUUUGACUUGUUUGUGGUGGGCUUCCUGACCACCGUAUCCCCUCCGACCAAGUUCAUUUUGGACGUGAUGGGGGUGCAGGGGGCCCUGAAGCUGUGGCUCCAUGGGAUGGCCAUGUUUCUGGUGUCGUCUGUUGGGAUGGCCGGACUGCUGUGGGUGGUACAGGAGUACCUGCUGCCGUUUGCGUUGAUCUACGGUAUCGUGCAAGCGCUGGUCAUCUCUGUCAGUGUACGCCAGAGUGAAGCUUCGGCAGAGGGGGAUGAUGGGAAAGGUGACGGAGAGGUCAAAGAGAGCGAGGAGGAACAGAACGACAUAUGGGAGCAGAAUGAGCCACAGCAGACAGCUGACGAAAGCAAGAAAGGAGUUAAACAAAGGAGCUGAAGUCCUGGGAAAAGUGUAUUUUUGGUUGUUGACAUGCUGACCAUCCAGUACCCAAAUCUUUCACUGAGGAUUCGACCACCAACAACGCCCCAUGAGCGAUUGAAGAGCACCCUAAAUGUACUAGCACCUCUUUCUGUCCACCAGUGGAAGUUUUUUGCUCACUUCAAAAUGUACUUUUAAUUUUCCCAAAAACGAUUUAUACGUAGCACACCAGCAGGAGAAGUGGACGAGUAAAACACUAGAAUCUACAGCCACAGCGAUAAACAACAUCUGCCAUCUACAAACCUGAAGACACACAUACAGAAAACUGAGCACCCCAGCAAUCAUUGAUUGACAGGGAUUUUCAAUGAAAUACUGUGUGAUUCUGAAGGCUGAACCAGUUCAACGACAGGUUGUUUGUAACGAAACAUUACUUUUAUAUGGUGAUUAAUAGCUUUGCGACUCCACGCUGUAUGUACUGCACAUCUGCCACUUUAUUCAUAGCUCGAUGUGGCCUCUUAACAGCGUCUCUAGAUUGUUCGGGUCUGUGUGCUCAUCCAUUUAAUGGGCUGAGUCCAUUAUAUCGCCCAUCCUUAAUUCAGUCCAUUAGUCCAAUCACAGGCAAACUUGCUGAUCUUUUUGAGUGCAAUUAUAAAGGAACUGGACGCAAAUUAUUUUUAGAUAGCUUUCUGCAUACAACAAACCUGCGUUGUUCCGUACUUAUUUUAUUUUCAUUUAUUAAACCUGUUCAUGAAAUGUUACAAAUCUGACUUCCUUGUGUUUUGGGUUACGUCAUUAGAACCUUUCUGUGCUUGAUGUAUAUUUACACUUCAUUACAGCAUCAACUGCAUGUCUAGAUUGAUUUCAGAUGUGUCGUCAGUCUUACUUGCUUCAUUUCUGUUUCAGUUGAUUAUAUCUUUUGUGCCUCACAAUAUCUGGUACUUUGGCCAGUUCACAGGGAAUUAUGGGUAAAGAAAUUAGAAGUAAUUUUGCACAAGUGCAUACUGUCAGCUUAAUAUCCAAUGCUUUGUUGCACAAACAUGUCUCUCGCUUGCAAGAAUAGCUUUCUCUUCCUGAAUGUGUUCCACGGCGUUUUAUCUAUGCAUGAAACUUCUUAUGUUGUGAAUGACUUUUCCUUUGUGGUACUGGUUUAUAAAUUUCUAGGUUGUUCAUGUCAGUUAUUUAAGCAUUAAAACGUAGCGCUAGAAUUGUUGGUUUACUACAACCUUGAGCAAUGUAAGAAUAUGUGUGACCUUUGAAGGUUCUUUAAAAUGUGUUUUUCCAUUUUUGUAAGCCCUGAGUCCACUGAAGUGCGGGCCACUGCUGAAACCAGACAGCUGUGAAUAGAAAAGUCUGCUGUAGUGUGAAAUGGAUUGCAGCUCAAGGUUGUGAGAUCUGCAUCUACAGUUCUUAAGUGCUGCACACUGAGUCUUUAAUAGUCCUUACAGCUAAAAUAAACUUCAUUUUCCCCAUAUUUCAUGUCUGGAGUAUGUUUGUUUAUAUUAGGGCAUGGAUAC